CCGCUACGUGAGGGUCCCCCGCUACACCGCCGUCAGUCGUGACCGAUACGCCGAGGAAAGCCAGCAGUGUGUCUCCGUCUGCAGUUGUUGUAGGACGCGGUCUCCGAAGGCGUGUUUGUGUUGUGAAUUCUGUGAUCGCUAAACCAAACCGACGUCACUGACUCACAAAUACCCCUGCUGUUGCUGUCAAGACACGUGGUUCUUCCCCAAGGCCACAGGAAGCAUACGAUCACGGUCAAUGUAUGAAGUACCUAUUGUAUCGUCAGCAGUCACCUGAGAGACACAGAAGUAGAAACACAGAGUCCUUAAGCGAACGAAGAAAUAGUCUCUAAAAUCUUGUGGUUACACUCUCCAAAUAACACUUCCGGGCUGUUAAUGUUACUGACCGCUGACAAGUUGAUGCUUACGUUAUUUUACGCCAGCCUUUCCCAGGACGAAUGUGGGAGCUCUUUAGAGUAUAGCGAUUAACUGCCGGAUCUGAUAUGGAAUCUGUUAUCAAAAUUUGGCCUAUUCUCUUUCUCCUAGUUGGCGAUGUGGCGGCCAUGAUGAUCUAUCAGGGCGACGGCUGCCUGGAGAAGUGUCCCGUCACACACCACUACAGCCCCGUGUGUGGUACGGAUUACGUCACAUACAUCAACCCCAGCACGCUCCUCUGCCACAAGAAGUGCACUGACUCCAGUCUGGGCGUGGCACACUUCACCAGCUGCGUCGACUGGUUAACCGGCAACUACCGCUUAUGAGCACCUGUUUGCAGGGUCAACGUCACCUUCUCACCCGCAAAGCAGCCUAUAAAGAAAACGGCCGUUCAGCAAGGAGCUACACCCCUCUGCAAUUUCCAGCUCAGGAAGAAGUUGCAUGACGGCUCUGUUGCUUCCUGGACUCCACUAACGCCGUUCGUUGCGAGGUUUAUCGGUUGUCGCAUGAUUUAGUACAAAGUGCCGUCGCGGAAGGAAGCGCUUUAGACCAUUUGUGUCAAACUCCGUCCAUCACAAGGAUAACUUUUCAGUUCAGUUAUGCAACUAAGGAUCAAGUCAGCCUCGUCUUAGUGAAAUCGGCAUAGACAAAUAACACACACAGGCACACACACACAGGCACACACACACACACACACACACACACACACACACACACACACACACACACACACACACACACACACACACACACACACACACACACACACACACACACACACACACACAUAUAUAUAUAUAUAUAUAUAUAUAUAGAGAGAGAGAGAGAGAGAGAGAGAGAGAGAGAGAGAGAGAGAGAGAGAGAGAGAACAAACGUGGUUUAUAUCGUAAAGGUUAAAUUAUAACAUAGUCCCCUCUUAUCGACCUUUUUUCUGACAUCAAUCAAAAUUAUUAUUAUUCCAAGCAGAAGAAACCUACAAAACGUUCCAGUUUAUUCCCGAUAUAAGGAAGGUGACUUAUAUAUAACUGUUUAUCAUAACACAUCUGUGGUCUCUCUACGUUGCCUGUAUUUUAUGGGUAAAUAGUCUUUUGGGUGAUAUUUCCCUGUUAUUAAAUCUGCGCGGGCCAUUCUCUGUUUCCUUCGGGCCACAAAGUUUGGCAUCUCUGCUUUAUUCUUUUAAAAUGAAAGUAGACCUUUAUUUUUCCAAAGGGUGUGACUAUUUGGCAACCAAAAUCGGUAUUGAAAUUUAGGCUGAGGAGUGUUUUAAUUCAUAAUAAGGAAAUGGAAAAAGAGGUAAUGUUUUACCGAUAACAGCAUCUCAUGAGAUAAAGUAUAAAAGAAAAAA